UGUAUCAAUCCGUAUUGCUUCCUGACCAUCCCGAGAGUGAAGAGUGAACAUCUAAGUUACAAUUUUCCACUCGAGGAUGGCCGCGAUACUGUCCAACUCUUCGCGGUUUGUACCUCGUGUAAUAGCAAGAAUUAGUAUAUCACAAACGAAGGUUGUGAGACCUUUAUAUAGUCAAGGGCACAUUCUAUUUAUCCGCACUCAACAUGGAGUUAACAAGAACUCUCGAUUAUGUACAAAGUAUAAGAAAUUUCAUUGUUGGAUAGACCAGACAAGACAUAUUCAUUCAACAUCAACACUAUGGGAAAUAAAGGAAGUUGUAGUACCAGCAUUUGCGGAAAGUGUAAGUGAAGGAGAUGUUAGAUGGGAUAAGAAAGUUGGUGAUCAAGUUAAAGAAGAUGAUGUAUUAUGUGAAAUUGAAACAGAUAAGACUUCAGUUCCUGUACCAGCACCAGGUUCUGGUGUAAUAAAAGAGAUUUUUGCCAAAGAUGGUGAUACAGUAAAACCAGGACAAAAGCUAUGUACUAUUGACAUUGGUGCAACUGGUGGAGCAAGUCCUCCACCUGCUCCUAGUACGGCAGCAGAGCCACCACCACCACCAUCACCAUCAGCACCACCACCACCACCACCACCACCACCACCACCACCACCACCACCACCACCACCACCGCCACCACCUUCUCGAACUAUACCACCACCAGCAGCUCGACCUCCACCUCCACAAUCACCAACAACAUCCAUGCCAGUUGCUGCAAUUAAACACGCUCAAGCAUUAGAAGGUGCAAAAGUACAACUGCCUCCUGCUGAUUAUACACGAGAAAUAAUUGGCACAAGAACAGAACAACGAGUAAAGAUGAAUAGAAUGCGAAUACGUAUUGCAGAACGAUUAAAGGAUGCUCAAAAUACGAACGCUAUGUUGACAACAUUUAAUGAAAUCGAUAUGAGCCGCAUUAUGGAAUUUCGUAAAAUGCACCAAGAAAACUUUACAAAGAAGUAUGGUUUGAAGCUUGGAUUUAUGAGUCCAUUUAUUGCAGCAAGUACUUAUGCUUUAAAAGACCAACCAGUAGUAAAUGCUGUAAUUGAUGGCACUGACAUAGUUUAUAGAGAUUAUGUUGAUAUUAGUGUCGCAGUGGCAACACCAAAAGGACUUGUUGUCCCAGUUCUUCGUAGUGUAGAAAAUAAGAAUUUUGCAGAAAUUGAAAUUGCUUUAGCAGCUUUAAGCGAUAAAGCAAGAAAAGGCAAAAUAUCCGUUGAGGAUAUGGAUGGUGGCACAUUUACGAUAAGUAACGGUGGUGUUUUUGGUUCUUUGCUGGGAACGCCUAUUAUUAAUCCACCACAAAGUGCAAUUCUUGGAAUGCAUGGAGUAUUUGAUAGACCCGUUGCAAUAAAGGGCGAGGUUGUAAUUCGUCCAAUGAUGUAUGUGGCUUUAACAUAUGAUCAUCGAUUAAUUGACGGGCGCGAGGCUGUGAUGUUCUUAAGGAAGAUCAAGGAAGCUGUGGAGGAUCCCAGAAUUAUUUUAGCUGGCAUUUAAGCCUCUUAAAUAUUUUUAUUGAAUCGCUUCAAACAUGCUUCUCAUCACAUUCAGAACAUUUUGUACACGUUGUAUUAUAUUCUGUUCAUCGAGGCUUUUACUCAGAACAACACAUUUUCAAAUAUUUAUUAAUCAUUAUGAUAAACGAAAGAUAUAACAAUUACUACAGCAUAAGAUUUUUAAACUUAAAGCAGAAUCUACAAAGAU